CCGGCGCCGUGUCCUAAUUCCUAAACCAAGAAAAAUAACGUAUCCAACGAAAAUCCGCAGUCUUUCCCUCUGCUUCAAAGUCUUAUUAAACACACACACACACAGAGAGAGAACGCAGCCAUCAAAACGUUGCAUAGCAGUGCAAGGGUUACUUUGCAAAAAAAUUUGUUCUUCUUCCAACCGACCAAAAAUUGUGUACCAGCAACGCAGUAAUAAUCGAAUAAUUUUAAGGGUGUGGUGGACGAAUGGAUAUUGAUCCCCGACAAUACGAACACAUUUAACAGGUACUCGGUGGAAUAGUCGAGGUGCGUGUAAGCUGGUUCGGACACUACCAUCAUAAAAGAAAGAUGACGCAAAAAAGCUGUCAAUGAUGGUGAUGUUCACAACAUUGUCAUGUCAUACCUUGAGCAUAAUUGCUUCACAGACACGUUGGAAUCAUUUAAUGCCUCCACUGGCAUGAAGCAGAAUGCAAAUCAUCUGGAGGAUAUGGAGAAGAGAAAAAGGAUUUAUCAUUUGGCACUAGAGGGGAAUGUACUGAAGGCCAUUGAACUUACAGAGCAGCUCGCUCCUGACUUAUUGGAAAAAAAUAAGGAUCUGCAUUUUGAUCUCUUGAGCCUUCAUUUUGUUGGACUUGUCUGCUCAAGAAAAUGCACAGAAGCUCUGGAAUUUGCACAGAGGAAGUUGGCUCCUUUUGGAAAGGUGCAGAAAUAUGUUGAAAAACUUGAAGACUUCAUGGCUUUAUUAGCUUACAAUGAGCCAGAAAAGUCGCCCAUGUUUCAUCUAUUAAGCUUGGAGUACAGGCAGCAAGUUUCCGAUAGUUUGAAUAGAGCAAUACUUGCAAAUUCCAACCUCCCCAGCUAUUCUGCAGUCGAAAGGUUGAUACAGCAGACAACUGUUGUAAGACAAUGCUUAAGUCAAGAAUCCACUAAGGAAGGGCAUCCACCAUUUUCUUUGAAAGACUUUAUGAAGAGCUAGGUGAGCCAAUUUUGGAACAUGUUUCCACCACUCACAGGAGCAAUUACUGCAUCUUGAAUUCCACUGGCAGCUAGAUUCGCAUUGUCUACUUUCAGAAAGCAAAAAACGGAACGGCGGAUCAUGGAUUCUAUGACGUUUUUAAGACCUCGCGAGUCAGCCUUAGGGCAACUGUGAGACAUUAAGUUUUACUAAAUACCACGAUACCAGUUACGCCAUUUGUUUAUAUUUACUUAAAAGGUCAUAAGUGAAUGUGUUAGUCAAAUUCUCUGUUCAAAUGAAAAUUCUUAUGCUCUCGACAUUAGAAGAAGAUUAGAUCAGGGAGAAAAUGUCUUUGAUCAAAUAGAAGGAUAGCUGUAUGUCUUUAGUGACUUCUUUUAGCCAUUCCUUCUUUA